UGUCUUCUUCAUCUUUGUAUAAAUAUUAUAUAUCUACACCUGAGAGGGAACUUCUUCGCAACCAUUCUAUCUUUCUUCUACCAUAUCCCAAGAAUACCCGACAAGUCUCUCUCUCUUUUCAAGAUCUUCAACUACACAAGGACAAAUAAAGAAAUGGCUCACAUUGUUGCUCGUCGAUAUUUUCAGAUCAUGCUUCUAUGUCUUCUAAUCAGUUCACCUCUAGAUGUUAUAGCUCAGGGAGGACAAGGUGAUAUACCAGUUGUUAAUCCUACAUCUCCCGGUGGUGAUACCACCACACCAACCAUUACCCAACCAUCACCGCCUUCCUCAACGUUUCCAGGUCCAGUCACAAACCCAAAUCCACCAACUGGUGGCUAUCCACCAUUAGAUGGUACAACACCAACCGGUGGUGGCUAUCCACCACUUGAUGGUACCACACCGACCGGUGGCGGCGGCUAUCCACCACUUGAUGGUACUACACCGACAGGUGGUGGUGCACCUGGUGGUGGAGGUGGCGACACUGGUACAGGUGCUGGUGGUGGUGACACCGGUGGAGGUGGUGGUGGUGGUGGCGGUAGUGGCCAGUGGUGUAUAGCUAAAGCAAAUGCUUCGCCAACAUCAUUACAGGUGGCUUUGGAUUACGCUUGUGGGUAUGGAGGAGCUGAUUGCGGCCAGAUCCAGCAAGGUGCAAGCUGUUACGAGCCUAACACUAUUCGUGAUCAUGCUUCGUUUGCUUUCAAUAGUUAUUACCAGAAGCAUCCUGGUUCAGACAGUUGCAAUUUUGGAGGGGCUGCACAACUUACCAGCACAGAUCCAAGUAAAGGAAGCUGUCGCUUCUCAGCAUCAUCAGGAACAGUCAGCACAAGCCCGCCAAGUCAACCGAGUCCACCAGAUUUCAACUCCCCACCUUCUACUUCUACCUUCCCACCGCCAAUAACAACUCCAACUACAGGCAUGCCUGGUUCAGGACCACCCUUCGGCGUGGCGGAGCCAACGGGGCUUCCGAGUUCAGCAACUCAUGCGUCACAUAGCUUUUUCAUUUCAUUAUUUACAGCAGUUGGGAUACUAAUGCCACUACUCAGGCAAUAUUAUCUUUAAACAGACAGAGGGUCUCAGGGUUUCAAUCAUUCCCUGCAAAACGAAGCCGUGAUCAGCAAGAAGAUUUAUAAUCCAAGACCUUUACUCUCAUCAUCUGUUCUCUUGAUAUAGUUCAUAAAUAUAUUUAUUUAGUAGGAGUUAUUACAAGAUCAAAGGGCUUAGAUUAUUAUAAACAUUCUUGUAGACACGUUAAGCGUAAUGUAUCUCUCCACAGUUUUAGAGAAUAAAAAUACUUAGGAGCUGAUAAAAAUGACAAAAAUGGGAAUGAUAUAUAAGUAUAUAACUAAUGACCUGAUCAAACAUAAAUGAAGAUUCAAGACCUGAUCAUCAUUAUUAACCUAAAAGUCAAGGAGAUCCAGAUCCUUAUAGUUUCCUCAACGAUAAUCUAUAAAGAACAAAAAAAAAAAACAACAUAGCUUCUCAAUCCCACGAACAAGUCCAAGAGAUCAUCUCUAGCUGUUAGGCAGUAUUAACUUCACUCGAGGAUUAACCACAGCUAAAAGUUUAAUUGGGCCUAUUUUAAACCCAUAAUUUAGAAGGACAGGCCCAUAUGUAAAGCGGCGACGAAUAAUGAGUGGGAGACACAAACCCUAAGAAACUAAGCAGUCUUCUGCUUCUAUAUAAAGUUCAAAAACCUUCAUAAUCUCUCCAAAUUACUGACGGCUUGAAAACUUUAAUUUUAUUGUGUCUAUCUUCUAUGUAGGAAACUUAGCUCUAGUUCUGUAGCUAGAUGUCUUUUGUGGAUCUUUUUAGUUUAUUUUAUUUGUUCGGUAUUGAAGAAAGUGAUGAUAAGGAAUUGUCGCCCCAGUCUUACUUAAAACAUGGUGAUUGACUACUUCUGUCUGAUUCUCAAAGAUUUUCAUCUUUUAAUGUUAGCUAGUUCUGUCUUUGAUCAUUGUAUAUGGAUAUGAUGAAAUGGCAUAAAUGUUUUGUGACACCCAGUCUGAUCUGCUUCGGCAGAGUGAGUGAUUUGCCAUAUUCUCUGAUCUAUAAUCAUUGAUAGAUUUAUGUUUUGUGAAGUUCUGUUCUAGUUUAAAUUUGUGUUUUCUAGUCGAGAGGAAUGAGGAUUAUUAUUACCAUACGUCUGCAAAUCUGAAUUACAGUGUUGAUUCAUAGACAUGCACUACCAUCUGACCUCUCUUAAAAGAUUUCUUGUUUUUGGUUUUCAAUCCUUUUUUUUUUAAUGCAAUCAAUGAUGAAUAAAAUCGUCCAUAUUUAAUGAUAAUCCCGUGAUUAUUAAACACAAGAUCACCAUCUUUCGGCUGAGAUUGCAGUUUUAAUUAAAUCUUUGAAUUUAGUUUUUGUGUUCUUGUUAGUAAAAUGCCUAAUGGUAUCUGAUGUCCAAACUUCAAAAAAGUAGUUGGACAUUUCGUUUUUCAUAGGCAGAAACUGAAUGAACAGGCCUUUGCGACACUGCUAGCUUAUCACAUAAGCUUGUUGUUACUUUUUAACCUGUUUAUAUUCUAUUCACCUCUGUUUUCUUGGUUUCAUAUUUUCUUUUUUUCCAGU